AUGCCUUCCAGAAGCAUAGAAUAUGACGAGGUUACAGAAUCCAUUCCGUUUGGAGACUUGGUGGAAGGUGGACCUGUGAUUUCUACGAGCUCUGGAUUGAUGAUACUUGAGAUCCAAGGUGAUUUAAAUUUACCGCAGCGGAUUCCCGAUAAGUUAACAGAGACCGAAUCAGAGAUGUAUGUGCAAGAUGAGAGCAGUCUUGGCAUCAACACAGCCGAUGAACUGGGGUCUUCGGGAUCUCAUACGGCUGUGAAGUUUGGAAAACUGGAUAUAGACGGUAAGAGAGCGACCCUAUAUAUCGGGUCAUCCCAAAGAUUGGUCGGAACCAUUGAAAAAAUAGAUCCUCCGCUGGGACUCAUGAGGAUUCUGUCGGAGUCUUCGACAGAAGAGACUCCCAUCCAAGUUUUGGACGUGAUUCGUCAAAAGGCUAUCUUCAGAAGCAGACCAUUGCCUAUCAUGUAA